AGGAAAUGAAAUGCGCUAAGAAAAAAUAUAAAUAUUUAAUUGAAGAAGAUCGAAUUGACAUGGAUAAAGUUCUUAAAAAUAUUUAAUAUACUUUAGGUAUUUUGUUUUAUUAGGUAGAAAUUACAUAAUAUGAAUAAAAUGAAUUGUAAAAAAUGUUUUGCGUAGUAAAAGAUAAAAUGCAUUGCUUAGAAAGUUAGAAUUACACAAUUGAAAAAGAGGAAAGAGCAUUAAAAAGUGAAAAUGAUGAACUUUAAUAUUUUAUCCAGGAAAAAAAAUAAAUUCUGAACUAAUUAAAUUCUCUAAUUGAAAUUCAUGAGGUUUCGUAAGAAGAUCAAUAACUUGAUGGAGAUUCUUCAAUAAAUAUAUACCACAUCUUAUAAACUUAUACUCCUAGGAAACAAAAAGUAGGAAUAGAUACGCUUUUAAAUAUUUAGAAGGAAGAAUAAUAAAUAUUACAAUUAAAAACAUUGUUAUAGACUAUUGAAAAUUAAACAGCAGCCUUAAACAUGAAUGAUUUGUUCUGGUCUUGCAUUCGUUGUAAUAAAAGAUUAUAGGAAGGUCAAAAUGAGCAAGUAAAAUUUUUUUUAAUUAUAAGACUUGCAUUUAUCAUUCUGGCAAACUAAAAUAUUAUUCUUGCAGAACUUGUGGAGCUGAUGAAUACUUUACUUGUUGUCAUCAAUGUCGAGAUUGCAAUUCGGGUUGCAAAAUUGGACUACAUAAACCAUGAUUUACUGAUUUGAUUUCCGAUUAGUUUCUUGAUUAUUUAAAAAGACUUUAAUUUAAG